AUGGCAUCCCGAAGAAAAAUCAGCAUACUUUGGAACCAUUUUGUAGAAGAAAGGUCGUCAAAAAAAGGAAAAUGCAAUUAUUGUUCCGAAAAGAUUUCUUUUACAUGCGGCAGCUUAGGUAAUUUGACUAAGCAUUUAAAAAGUAAACAUCCAACCAUAUCUACAGCACCAGUGGAACGACAAUUAACUGUUGAUGAUGAUAAUGUUAGCGCUGAAUCUGUCCAUCCUCGGCUUCCUUGCACAAAUAUUGAGCACGAGCAACAUUACGAGCCUCAAUAUAUUAUAUCAGUUAAUUCAAAUGCCGCAUCGUCAUCUGUCUGCGCAGUGCAAAAACGAGCUGUACAACCCAGCAUGGACGGGUUUAUUCAAAGUUUAGUAGAGGAAAUACAAGUGGAUACGAAAACACCGAAGAGGAAACCACUGCUACUGGAUCUGGAGAAUACGCCCAAGAAGAAGAAGACAUUAUUAUCGUUGACCAAAACGAAUCAGACGGAGACGACUUCAUCGAGGACCCAAGAGACAGGCAACAGCAGCAAUCUUGCUCCGUUAUUUCAUGCCCAACUACUGAAAAAAAUGGUAUCGAUUAUGCGGCACUAUGCGAAGUCUAUGCGAAGUAUGCGAAGUCCUUGCUGGUUUACU